AUGAGCGCCUUAACCACUCAAGACAAGCCUCUACGCCGUAGUUUUGUUUCCAGAGUGACAAAUGAGACCAAGAUCCAAAUUGCCAUGUCUCUUAACGGAGGAACCGUUCAGAUAGAAAACUCGAUAUUUCCAGAGAAGAAAGCGGGCGAUGUGGCCAGCCAGGCGACUGGUUCGCAAGUAAUCGAUAUUCAUACAGGGGUGGGCUUUUUAGAUCAUAUGAUCCACGCCUUGGCCAAGCACUCCGGGUGGUCAUUGAUAGUUGAGUGCAUUGGUGACUUACACAUUGAUGAUCAUCAUACCACAGAGGACUGCGGUAUCGCUUUGGGCCAAGCAUUCAAGGAAGCCGUGGGCGCGGUUCGUGGUGUGAAGAGAUUUGGAUGUGGCUUUGCUCCUCUUGAUGAGGCUCUCUCUAGGGCCGUGGUAGAUUUGUCCAACAGACCUUACGCUGUUAUAGAUUUGGGACUCAAGAGAGAAAAGAUUGGCGAUCUUUCGACAGAGAUGAUCCCUCAUUUUUUGGAAAGCUUUGCCGAAGCUGCCAGAAUUACCCUGCAUGUCGAUUGCCUGAGAGGGUUUAACGAUCACCACCGCAGCGAAAGUGCUUUUAAAGCUCUUGCCGUGGCAAUCAGAGAGUCGCUCUCAAGCAACGGAACAAACGACGUUCCAUCAACCAAAGGAGUACUUAUGUAG